AUGGAGGGCCUCUCGGAGAACCCGACAAUCGAGGAGCUCAUCGAGCACCUCCAGAUCGACACCUCGGUCCCGGAUUACGACCAGGAGGCGCACGUGUUUCCCGACUGGUUCGAUCAGACGCCGUUCAAGUCCAAGGACUUCAACGUCGACGAGUGGGUGGAGACCAUGCACUCGCGGGGCCACACCAUGGAGGAGCUGCAAGUUCAGCUGGACGCAUACGGCAAGGUCGUCGAGGGCAAGCUCGUGGAGAUCACCGCCAGAGAUUUCGACAAGUUCCUCGCGCUCUCCGACGAACUGCCCGACAUCGAGGGCGCCAUGAAGGAUUGGGACGCGCCGCUCGAUAAGCUCAUCGCGCAGAUCACCGCGCAGCGCGACGCCAUGCAGAAGGAACUGGACGAGAUGGAGGGCGCGCUCAAGGAGAAGAAGCGCCUCGCGGAUGAGCGCGAGACGCUCGAGCUGAUGCUCGAGACCCACAACGUCGUCGCCAAGGUGGAGAGGCUCCUGCACGAGGUGGGCGCCGGACCCGCGGGCAAGGAGUCCGCGACCGACCUGGAAACGGCCGUCGACGACUCCCUCGGCGUCGCGGACGUCCUGGACGACGACGACGACGACUCAGACGGCGACGCGUCGUCUGCCCACGUCGUCGACGACCGCGCGCAGGUGCUGGAGCGCGUGGCGUCGGAGAUGGGCCGACUCCGGUUCCUGCAAAACAAGGGGAAGAAGCUUCCGUUCGUGCAGUCCCUCGCGGCAAGGAUCGACGCGUGCGAGGCUUCGCUCGGCGCCGCCGCCGCGAAGACGCUGGAGGAGGCACUGAGCGCGCCGGCGCCGAGGGACAGGAGCCGGAUAGAGCACUGCCUCCGCGCGCACGUCGCCAUGGACCGCGCCAGGGACGCCGAGGAGGCGAUUGGGCGCGUCCUUGUGGAACCCGCGGUGAGAAGAGUUGUGGACGCGGCGACGGCGGCGACGAGUUUUCCCGAGCUGCUUCACGCGUGCGUCGCCGCGGCGAUUGCCUCGUGCGAGGUCGAGGUGGAGGCGAGCGGGGACAAAGAGUUCGGGAUGGACGCGAAGAUGUGCAUCCUCGCCAACUCGGUGCUGGCGAAGGUGGACGAGGCGGUGCACGCGGCUCGGCCGGGCGAGUACGGACCAGGCGAGCCCGACCGGUUCAUCCGAAACCAAAAAGCCGCGAUGGCGGCGAUUCGUGGGUUGGAGGAGCGAACGUCGUCCGUGGCGAACGUGACGGCGUUCAGGGAGAGCGAGGCGUUCGCGGCGUACCACAAGCGUUGGAACCUCGCGGCGUACUUCAACGUGCGGAUGGGCGAGAUCGCGGGCGAGAUGACGUCGUUCCUGGACGACUUUUCGCUGGUGCGAGCGGUUGAGGGCCAAACCGGCGGGUUCGCGUUGGCGGCGACGGCGGCGACAUGGAAGGCGCUCGAGCGCUCGUGGAGCGACGACGUCGUGUGCGUCCACGCGGCGGAUAAAUUUCUUCGCUUCGCCGCGCAGAUCGUCGCGCGGUACGGGUCGUGGGUCAAGAUGGGCGCCGACGCGGUUGGCACCGAGCCACCCGCGCCCCCGAGGCGGGUCGUCCCGGAGCACAGCUGGGGAUGCGCCGCCACCGCGGAGGACCUCGCGGCGAUCCGCGGGGACUGCGAGGCGCUCUCGGCGAAGGUGUUGGACUCGUUCGUUCCAGGGAUGUCGGAUACGUUGCGGACCGCGUUCGGCGAGCCGGCGGCGGAUGCGGCGAGGGAGUGCAUGGAGGAGGGCGUCAAGGAACUCGCGCGGGGUCCCGCCGCGGAUAUCAACGGCGCGCUGAUGCGAAUCAUCGGCGACCGGUGCGUGGAGACCCUGAAGCAGAUGAAGGGUAUCACCGCGACGUUCAGGAUGACGAACAAGCCUCUGCCCACGCGGCACAGCCACUUCGUGCCGGGCGCGGUGGCGCCGCUGAAGCUGUUCGUGGAGCAGACGGCGAGGAAGAAAAUAUUGUCGGCGGAGUCCGCGACGCAGGUUGCGAUGGCGGUGGGCGAAUACGUGGCGGGUAAGUACGCCGAGAUGGCGUCCGAGCUGGUGGCCGGGGUCAAGAAGACCGAGGCGAGUCUGAACAGGCUGAAGGACAGGCGCGCGGCGAAGGAUGGGGGAUCCGCGGCGGGCGGCGGCGACGACGGCGAGAAGGGCCCGAGCGACACCGAUAAGAUUUGCAAGCAGCUGCUGCUGGACGUGGUGGAGUUUGGGACGCAGCUGACGAAGCUCGGGACGGACCCGGCGAGGAGCGAGAAGUUCAAAGAGCUGUGGUCGCUGGUGGCGCCCGAGGGGGAGAAGCAAGUGCCGGUGUUCCUCACGGCGUAG